AGUGCUCAUGGCAUAUUAUAGGAAAAAAGAAGAAGCUACAGUUGCCAAUUACUGUUUUGAAUUAAGACGGAACACGCACUACGAUUUCAGGGAAUAAGCGCUAACAUUCGCGGAAAACAUCAUGCCUUCCCUACUCCAGCGUCUUGGAACUUUAUUUUAUAUCGUGAGUCCAAAUAGCACUUCCUUCGAGAAAAGAGAGGAGGUUCCUAAUUUCAUCAAUGAGGCUCUUCCUCUCUUCGUAGCGCUGCUUGCCCUGGAGUGGGCUCUCCUCUGGCGCCAGGGUAAAAAGGCUCGCAUCAAUGACGCAAUUACAUCUUCAGGACAUGGGCUCGUCUAUGAAACCAGCAAAAUAUUAUCCCGAGGUGCUGAGCUCUUCGCAUAUGACUGGCUUUAUCGGUACAGAGUGGUUGAUCUAGACUAGGACUCGCCUGUCACGUGGUUUACGGCUGCCGUUGGAGUGGACUUUGCGUUCUAUUGGUUUCACCGCGCGACUCAUGAAACGAGCCUCGGUUGGGCGGCUCACCAAGUGCACCAUUCGUCCCAAGAAUUCAACCUCUCCACCGCCCUACGCCAGUCCAUCUUCCAGCGAACCUUCUGGGUCGUCUUCUACAACCCUCUCGCUCUUCUGGGCAUCCCGCUUCCUGCCCUGCUCGUUCAUAUCCAGUUUAAUCUCCUCUACCAGUUUUGGAUUCACACGGAAACGGUUGGGAAGCUUGGGCCGUUGGAGUGGGUGCUCAACACGCCUUCACACCAUAGGGUUCAUCACGGAGCCAACAAAUAUUGUUUAGACAAGAACUACGGCGGAGUGCUGGUCAUCUGGGAUCGACUCUUUGGAACCUUUGCAGAAGAGCGAGAAGACGAGAAGAUAGUCUACGGGUUAGUCGACCAGCCUCAGUCCCUUAAUGUUAUUUGGCUUCAGGUGUACUAUUAUUCUGAAGUCUUCAAAAAGGCAAAGAACAUGAACACUUGGGUAGACACGAUAAAAGUUCUUUUCAAUGGCCCCGGUUGGCACCCUGGCACCCCUCGCUUGGGUGAUCCCAGCGCUUCUUCAGACGUCCAGGCGAAUAGGGCCAAGUACGACCCUCGACUCCCCAUAUGGCAAGAAGUCUAUGUUGUGCUGCAGUACUUCCUUGCGCUCUUUCUGCAACAGGUCCUCAUAGCAAAAUUAUCGACGUCCUCGUGGUUAAGCGUCCUCCUGAUGUCAACCUUCAUUCUGCUCUCCGUCGGACUCAUCGGGGCCCUGUACGACGGCUGGCGGUGGGCGCCCCUCGUCGAGACCGUCCGUUGCGCCGCCUUUGUAGUCUACGCCCGUGAUAUCAGUGAGGGAGAAGGUAGAUGUAAGACCCCCAAGAGACCACCAUGUCCCCUUGGUCGAGGAGGUGGAGCUGGACCCUGUGUGUGUUCAGUAGCAAGGAGGGUCACAUCAUCUUCAGAGGCUAAAAUAUGUGUACCAUGCCAGUAAAAAGGUAAGGAAGAGGGUAAUAAUACACUUGCCAAUCACCUGAUUAAGAUGCCAGAAAAAUGAGAGCAUAAUAAGAACGCUUCAUCACAAGAAGAGUAACGUGUCAAAUGGGGAGGUGUUAAUUACUUAGGAUUCGUCAGGUUUAGCUAUUUAUGGCAAUAUUUAAGCUUCGCACUUUCAAACCUGAAAUUGGUUGACUAGAGGCUUAAAUUGAUUUCUAGAUCAUUCCGUAUCUAGAGAUAAAAAAUAAAAACAAAGACUUUGACAUUUUUGAUAGAGCAUUUGGAAACAUUUCCUUUCAGACACCCAGUGUCUCUAUUGAAUUUUUCGAUGUUCAUAUGAAUCAAUUAAAAUACACAAUCUUCACAAAUCAUUACAUAGUCCGAAACUUAA